GAGAUCGCGCGGAGAGAAGGCGGCAGCAGCAAGCAGGCCCCCUCUCCCUGAGAGCAAGACCCCUCGGCGGGCGCACGACCCAGAACAGGCUGCGAGCGGGGCCCGCGCACAGGCUGGACGCUGCCCAAGAUGAGCUCCCACAACAUGUCCUGGAUACAGUACCCGAGCCGCGUCUCCACGGCUGUUGAAGACGUCAUAGCUUCGCAGAGCGUCGUCUCCCGGUGUGUGCAUGUCUACGUGGCUCUGUUCGUCCCGGUGAGCCUGGUGACUGGGCUGUUCAACCUGACCACCUUCCUACGGGGCCGUGCCAGGCUGGGGGGCCUGGACAUGUUCCUCUCAGACCUCACCGUCACCAACAUGCUGGUGACACUGCUCUCGCUCACCGCCAUCAGCCGGCCCGACUACCUGGCCACAACCAACCUGAGCUGCGCCGUCCUCUCCUUUCUGGCCAACGUCUGCUACUUCAAUGCCCAGUAUGUGCAGCUGGCCAUGCUCUUUGCAUUCCUGCUGCAGGGCCCCUCAUCUUGUCUGCGUGCGGCCACCAGCGGGGCCCAGAGGCCUGCGGCAGGGCUGGCUGCCCUCGGGGGCUGUGCCUUCUGCAGCUCCCUGGGAGUGGUGGCCCUGCUGGGCACGUCCAGGGAGCUGGACAAAACCACCCUGUGCCAGGUGGACCCGCUGACCGCCUGGCCUGAGUAUGAAAUCGUGAAGGUCAGCCUGGGCUUCGGGGUUGCCCUUGUCCUGAAGCUGGCGUUCUUCAUCCUGCUCAUCGUCCAGCUGGCCUGGCGGGCAGCUCCUCCCCAGAGGGACACGGCCUCUGCUCACCUCGUCGUCCUGGCCAUUGCCCUGAUCAUGUUUGUCUGCCGGCUCCUCUACAACAUGGCGCUCCUGCAGCGGGCCAGGCUGAAGCUGCAGAGGGACAUCGGCUUGCCCAGGGAUGAGCUCCUCAUGAACCUGGCGGAGCUGGUCCUGUUUGGCGAGAGCUGUGUGAACUCCCUGGCCACCCUCUUCCUCCACAAGCCCUGCAGGCUCGCGCUGCUCUCCAUCCCAGCACGCCUCACGCACAGGUGCAGGAGGGGUGAGGCCAGCAACAGCUUCUCCUUAAAGAGGGUGGGGAGUUAAGUCGGGGCCCCGGUCUGCUGGAAAGAGCCAGACGGGCAGGUGACGGAGUCUCCCCGGCGGUUAGGGAACACCGUCCAUCUGUGAAACUCCAGCCCGCUCAGGGAGAGCCAGCAGCAGGAAUGACUGUUGGAAGGCGCUUAUUAAACACCAGCUUUCUGGCAGUCACUCAAUUUAUGCCCAAGCACGACCCCUUGGCCCCCAACACUCACACCUAAAGGAAACGCUGCAAGGCAGGGAUGCGGUUGACGUGGGCGCAGAAGCUGGCCCCACGCAGACCUGGUCUGGCUACGAUGGUCUGAACUGUGAGGGGGAUUGCACGCCUCGGCUGUCUGCGAGCUGCCAUCUCUCUCCACCCCUACCCCAACCAAAUGACAAAGAGGGGAUCUUGAAAACAGAGACAUUCUUCACAUAACUUUCUGACCAUAUUACAGUCUGGUCCUCAAUGGUCGUAGCUGGUUAACCUUCAACACAGCCAGAAAGUUCGGGCCACACAAAUCUUGCCAAGAACAAAGGUUUGUUUUGUCUUUUUAAAUUUAUCACCAUUGGAGGUCUGAGAAUAUCACCUACAAGCUUAAAAGCCCUAAAAUCAUUGGUGUAAGCCCAGUGAUAACAGUACCACCAAGCACUUUUUGCUCCCUGUGACCUGGCAGGUAGUUGGUGCCCCAGGAGCCCCAAGUAGGUCAGUGAAAAGCUCGGCGUUUCAAAAGCCUCCUCUUCCAUUUGACGAUAUCUGCAGAAAGGCUAGUAACAUGUGAAAUAUAAAAGUACAA